GUCACCGCCGCGGCACCACCACCUUCUCUCCCUCCCCAAGAUAUGAGCUCGAGAGUAAACGAUACACGCCCGUCGUGGGCCUCCAGGACGACCUUCGAAGGCCUGGGCGUUGAGUCGGGAGAAGAAAGCGAGGAGGAGGUACUCGGGUCGCCCUCGCCGGCACCAGACAGUGGGUCAGAAUCUGCUACGAAGCCCUCCAAGUCUGCAAUCAAGAAGGCUAAGGAGCAGGCGAGACUGCAGCGCAAGGUGGCCGCGCGCGCAGCGUCAAAGGCGCGAGCCACGUCCCAGUCGCCCGCGCUCCUCCCCUCGCCAGACGCACGAGAGUCGUCAGAGGAGGCUCCGGAGAUUGCAUCCCGGUCAGCGGCGGAACCUAUAGCUGCACCGACCCGCAAUGCCGUGGCUGCGAGGCCGGUACCAGAGCACCUUCCAGAGUUGGUGGCAGACAAGCCAGCAAAGCCAGCUAACGGGGACGCUGGCACCGUACAUGAGGAGGUAUCACCACCCGAGGAGACAGUCUUCGUGUCCAGUGACAAGGCUGAGCCAUCGACUGUGUCAGAACCGCCAUCAGGUUCUCCUGCGCCAGUGCCCGACCCCAACUUGUCCCCGCCGGCCGCGGAGACGAAGCGACGAGAGGAGCCACCGGCGAGUGAAAGCAAGCCUGCCAACGGAAAUGCAAGCCAACAGCAGGAGAAUACCCAGGAUGGCGAGAAGGCGAAGAAACGGCAGAGUAUCUUGACGCGAACGUUGUGGACCUUCAUCAUGAUUGGGGGUUUCUUGACACUGUUGCUUAUGGGCCAUGCAUACAUGAUUCUGCUCGUUAUGCUAUGCCAGACCCUCGUGUACCGGGAGGUGACAUCGCUGUUCUCACUGAAGAGGAAAGAUUCGGACGAGGGUAGGGGGCGGGAUCCAUGGAGCAAGACCCUCAACUGGUACUUCUUCGUGAUCACCAACUACUUCCUCUACGGCGAAAGUAUCAUCUACUACUUCAAGCAUGUCGUGUUUGCGGAUGCGCAGUUCACCAUGUUCGCGACGAACCACCGGAUGAUCAGCUUCUCGCUGUACACUCUCGGCUUCGUCGGCUUCGUCAUGUCGCUGAAGCGUGGCUACCUCAAGCAGCAAUUCGGUCUCUUCUGCUGGGUGCACAUGACACUUAUGAUGAUCGUCGUCUCGAGCCAUUUCAUCGUCGACAACAUCCUCGAGGGCAUGAUCUGGUUCUGGGUGCCCGCGUCGCUCGUCAUCUGCAACGAUGUCUUCGCCUACAUUUGGGGCAUGACGCUCGGGCGGACGCCGCUGAUCAAGCUCUCACCCAAGAAGACCGUGGAGGGCUUCGUGGGCGCGUUCUUCAGCACGGUCGUGUUUGGCGUGGUGUGGGCGACGUACUUCAUGCGCUUCAACUACAUGAUCUGCCCGGUGCACGACCUGGGCGUGAGCGCGUUUGAGACGAUACGCUGUGACCCUAAUCCCGUGUUCGUGUGGAGGGAGUGGGUCAUCCCUACGCCUGCGCGGGCCCUGUUGUCGACUGCGACCGGUCACGAGUUUGCCACCAUUGCGUACGCACCGUACCAAUUCCACGUAUUCGUGCUCGCCUGCUUCGCGUCGCUCGUCGCGCCCUUCGGCGGGUUCUUCGCCUCCGGCUUCAAGCGCGCCUUCAACAUCAAGGACUUCGGCCACAGCAUCCCCGGGCACGGCGGCAUGACGGACCGCAUGGACUGCCAGUUCCUCAUGGGCGUCUUCACUUACGUCUACUACAGCAGCCUCAUCCGCCAGCACCACGUCUCCAUCGGCUCGAUACUGCAGAUGAUCGUCAGCGGGCUGACGCCGGAGCAGCAGCUCGAGCUCAUGGCCGACCUGAAGCGCUACCUCGAGGGCCAGGGCAUCGCGGUCAACAUCUGAAGCUCUCGCUUUGAGCCCCUUUUGGGCCGCUAGCGCCGCCCCACCCCGGGGAUAUGGCGAUGCCAAAAACCUGUCAGCGACAGGGAUGAAUCGAUGACUUGCACGACGCAUGUGUUGUUAUCUCUCUGCUACGUCCAUGCAAUCGCUCGCGGACCCUCGACUCGACGUACAGUACUCCCACCUACGUAUACUGAUAUGGUUACACCGUUAGCAGAUAAUAUGAGUGCUAUGAUUGGUUCA